AUGACCUGGAUAAGACAGGAAGACGUGGGCAUGCCCGGCAUCAUCAGCUCCAUGUCCAUUAACCCCAAGAUGAUGGAGGUGGUCCGCAAGCUUAACCAGGCCGUCAGUUUCGGCGCGUCUGAACUCACCCGGGUUCAGGAGGAAUCCAUUGCCGUAGCCGUCCACGUCCUGCACGACUAUACGACUGCCGACCUCGACCCGCAGACCAGAGGCAUGCUGGACUUUGCGGUGAAGCUGACCAAAGAACCGACGGAGAUGCGGGAGGCAGAUGUAAUAACCCUGAGAGAACUGGGUUUGUCUGAUGAACAGAUACUCUCAGUGGUGGGGAUAACCUGCCUGUUCAAUUUUAUGAACCGGCUGGCCGAUGGCCUGGGUGUGGACAUAGGGGCGGAACGCCAGCAGGCCAUGGACGGGUGGGUUACAGGCCCGGCCCGGGACCAGGACUGGCUGUGGGUUUUUAAAGGUGAGCGGGUCUAG